AUGUUCCACACCAAAACUCUCAACCUUCCGUACCUUCCACAACUGGAACAAAAAUGCAAAAUCAACCUGAGUCUUUCCAUUUUCAAGAAUGGAGGAGAUCCCAUGAUAACCCAAAACUUAACAGACUCGCUUUAUAGCCGCACCACCUCAGAUGAAUGGGUAGGCGCUGUGCCCAAAAUCUUUCGCUCUGCCGUCGACAAAGUCAGAGAUUUGGUAAGCAGUGACCCGGCAACCAACCCUCAUCCUCCCUCCCGGUGGAUCAAACAACAUGUCCGCACUGACCACGAUGACCAGUGGGAGAGUCAACUCCAAGACCUUCAAGUGCAAUCCAAACUGCUCGAUAUCAUCGUCCUGGAGGAUGAGUCGGAGGCAUGGAAAUGCGUCCGCUAUUCCCUCCCUAGCGGCCAACUCGCAUUCCUCAUUAGAGCAGGCUGUGACACUCUUCCCUCACCAGUUAAUCUUGCAAGAUGGAAAGUUCAACACGACACUAGGUGUGGGCUAUGUCAUCAGCCAAGAUGUACCCUAGCUCACAUCCUCAGCGCAUGCCAAAAAGCCCUCACCCUAGGUCAUUACACCUGGAGACACGACUGUGUGCUGAAAUGCAUCGCCAGACACUUAGCCAUAAACACCGAGAAGAGCGAGCAGGAACUCCUCCUGAGGGUUGACCUCCCAGGCAUGCUCACGGAGCAAAGCACCAUCCCUGCAUCCGUCUGCACCACCAACUUACGCCCUGACAUUUUCCUACAAUGUGGGGAAUCUCGAGGCAUUGUCGGCGAACUGACAAUCCCAAAUAACAGCACCACCAACCUGGAAAAUGCUAAAAUUCGCAAGUCCACCAAAUACCUGGGACUAGUGGCCGACCUCUCCGAACACUUCGAAGACGUUGAUUUAGUGACACUUGAGGUGGGUGCUUUGGGUCACUAUCAUCCGCAUGACCUCAUGGCAGCAAUGUCCAUCCUCAUGCCGGGAACAUCAAAGCGGACGAUCAAGUCCCUCCUAACUGACAUAGUGAGAACUGUGGUUAAUGCUUCAUACACUGUUUUCUCCAAUCGUAGAGUUGAGGAUGACUGGGCCCACAAGCCCUUUAUCUAUUACCACCAUGAUAAACGUGUGUAUGAAAUCCCUAUUUGA